UCUCCAUCCCCCCUUAACAGUUGCACAGCACAGAAUAGCCGACCUUCGUCACUUGAACUUUCCGGCGUCGCCGUCGUUCUUUCUUGCUGGAAAAUGAUCUCAGUCAUCAUCUCAGGCGUCAAUCAACUCACCGUCAUCAGACUUGUCUCAGUCAUCGCUCAACUCGUCGUCGCCGAGACUUUUUUUUUUUUUUUGGUGGAGGUGAUGCUUUGCUACAAAAUCCAAGUGUUUGCAGAUAUGUUUAAACCAAAUUCUAGAUCAUGCAACAUAUAAUCAGCAGUUUAUUUGGCGAUGGAAUUCACAAAAGCAACUCCUUUUCCUUUGGCUCAUAAGAUACAGUCUUCAUCAAUGCACAAUUACCAGCUAUUCGCAGACAUGUUCAAAUCUUGUGCUGUCGGGUUUAACACUAACCUAGGCAAAGCACUUCACAGUUGUGUCAUAAAACUAGGCCAUAUUGCUUGCCGGGUUGUGUCCAAAGCGCUGCUUAAUAUGUAUGCAAAAUGUAGAGUUGUUGAUGAUUGCAAGAAGCUGUUUGGCCAGAUGGGUACCUUUGAUCCUGUUGUUUGGAACAUUCUAUUAGCUGGGUUUGCGAGUUCUCAUGAUUAUGAUGAUCAAGUGAUGAGGUUGUUCUAUAAUAUGCAUUUUAGUAACCAACCUAAGCCUAACUCUGUGACUGUUGCUAUUGUCCUUCCGGUGUGUGCACGGUUCAGAAAUAUACAUGGAGGGAAGAGUGUUCAUGCGUUUGUGAUUAAAUCUGGACUUGAAACACAAACAUUAGUUGGAAAUGCUCUUGUAUCUAUGUAUGCAAAAUGUGGGUUAGUCCACAAGGAUGCAUACUCUGUAUUUGGAAGCAUUGAGGACAAAGAUGUUGUUUCCUGGAAUGCAAUCAUUUCAGGUUUUUCUGAAAAUAAAUUCACUACAAAUGCAUUGAGGUUGUUCAGCUGGAUGUUGAGAGGAUCAGUAGAACCAAAUUAUGCUACAAUUGUGAAUAUUCUACCUAUAUGUGCUUCGUUGGAUAAGCGUGUGGGCUACUGCUUUGGGAGAGAGACUCAUUGUUAUGUAUUGCGCCGGGCUGAAUUAAUAUCAAAUGUUUUAGUCUGCAAUGCUUUGCUGAGCUUUUACUUGAGAGUUGGACAGAUGGAAGAAGCGGAAUUGUUGUUUCAGAGGAUGAAAUCAAGAGAUCUGGUUUCAUGGAAUGCCAUUAUCGCUGGAUAUGCAUCAAAUGGUGAGUGGUUAAAAGCAUUGAAUCUUUUUUGUGAAUUAAUCUCCAUAGAGAUGAUAAGGCCAGAUUCUGUAACUCUUGUCAGCAUUCUUCCUGCCUGUUUAUACUUACAGAACUUGAAGGUUGGGAAAGAGAUUCAUGGCUAUUAUCUUCGUCAUCCUUACCUAGAUGAGGAUGCAACUGUUGGGAAUGCUUUAGUUAAUUUUUAUGCAAAAUGUAAGGACAUAGAAGCAGCAUAUCAAACAUUUUCUUUGAUUUCUAAGAAAGACUUGAUAUCGUGGAAUUCUAUACUUGAUGCCUUUUCAGAGAGUGGAUAUGAUAUUCAGUUUCUCAACCUUUUACACAGUAUGCAUCAGGAAGGAUUUAGACCAGACUCCAUUACUAUCUUAGCCAUAAUUCAUUUUUGUGCUACUGUUUUGAGAGUAAAUAUGGUUAAGGAAACACAUGGGUAUUCGAUUAAGGCAGGCCUUUUAUCAGGUGAUAUUGAGCCUAAUGUGGGAAAUGCAAUACUUGAUGCAUAUGCAAAAUGUGGUGCCAUGGAUUAUGCCCUUGGUAUUUUUCAUGGUCUGGUGGAGAAGCGAAAUUCAGUCGCAUUAAAUUCAAUUAUCUCAGGUUAUGUGAAUUGUGGAUCAUAUGAUGAAGCAUAUAUGAUAUUUAAGCGGAUGUCUACAGUGGAUAUCACCACUUGGAAUCUAAUGAUUCGGGGUUAUGCUGACAGCAAUUGUCCUGAUCAAGCUCUUAGCCUGUUCCUUCAGUUACAAGUUCAAGGAUUGAAGCCUGAUGCCAUGACUAUUAUGAGCCUUCUUCCAGUUUGUUCUCAAAUGGCUUCAAUCCACUUAUUGAGGCAGUGCCAUGGGUAUGUAAUAAGAGCUUGUUUCAAUGAUGUACAUCUGGAUGGAUCUCUUGUAGAUUUAUAUGCAAAAUGUGGCAGCAUAGGCAGUGCCUAUAAGAUUUUCCAGUCAAGCAUAGAAAAAGAUCUGGUUAUGUUUACUGCUAUGGUUGGUGGCUAUGCAGUGCAUGGGAUGGGAAAGGAAGCACUCAAGGUUUUUUCUCAAAUUCUAGAAUUGGGUAUUAAGCCGGACCAUGUUAUCAUUACUGCUGUAUUAUCUGCUUGCAGUCACGCUGGCCUUGUGGAUGAAGGACUAAAGAUAUUUCGCUCAAUGGAGAAGGUUUAUGGGAUCAAACCAACCACAGAACAAUAUUCUUGUGUAGUGGAUCUUCUUGCUCGAGUAGGACGGAUAAAUGAAGCAUAUUCGUUUGUAACUAGUAUGCCUAUAGAAGCAAAUGCAAACAUAUGGGGUACAUUAUUGAGUGCCUGCAGGACCCAUCAUGAGGUGGAAUUAAUUGGUGUUGUGGCAAAUCGAUUGUUUGAAAUUGAAGCGAACAAUAUUGGUAACUAUGUGGUGAUGUCAAACCUAUAUGCAGCAAAUGCUAGAUGGGAUGGAGUCAUGGAGAUAAGAAAACAAAUGAAAACAAGGGAUUUGAAAAAGCCAGCAGGAUGUAGCUGGAUUGAAGUGGAGAGAAGAACAAAUGUAUUUAUAGCUGGCGACUGUUCCCACCCUCAACGGGACAUGAUGUACUGUAUAUUAAACUUGUUGAACCGUCAAAUUAAAUAUCAAUUUCAGUUUUCCAACAUCACCUCUUAGACAUAUGACAUAUGGUGUGGCUCAAGUGAAGUAUAAUGGCAUUGCUAAUAAUUUUGAAUUAUAUUGCA